UAAUGAGGGGGCGUGGCUGUGCCGGGAGCUGUUCUUCUCCGGACUCGUUCUAUUAUUCUCUAAGAGCGCCGUGUUGUCCUGUGCCGAGUGAUGUCAUCCAUCCUGCAGCCUUUCACCGUGUCCGAGGGACCCUGCGAGACCGCGCGCCCCGGCUGUCAUGGCACUCCUAGGGGGGGCACUAGGUCUCUGGCGGCUGCAGCUUCAGCAGGGCGGUCAAAGGUUACCCACCCGGGCAAAGCCAUCCUGGCAGGUGGCAUUGCUGGUGGCAUUGAGAUUUGUAUCACCUUCCCCACAGAGUACGUCAAAACCCAACUUCAGCUAGAUGAACGAGCCAACCCCCCUCGUUAUCAGGGCAUAGGACAUUGUGUCAAACUGACAGUGCAGGACCAUGGAGUGAAAGGUUUAUAUCGAGGACUCAGCUCCCUAGUCUAUGGCUCCAUUCCCAAAUCGGCUGUAAGGUUUGGUAUGUUUGAGUUCCUUAGCAAUUUUGCUCGGAGCACAACUGGGAAACUGGAUGCCAAGGCGAGUGUGCUGUGCGGCUUGGGAGCUGGUGUUGCAGAGGCGGUUCUGAUUGUCUGUCCUAUGGAAACUAUCAAGGUUAAGUUCAUCCAUGACCAGGCUUCAUCAGCACCAAAAUAUCGGGGUUUCUUUCAUGGCGUGCGGGAGAUUAUUCGAGAACAGGGUCUGCGAGGGACGUACCAAGGACUUACUGCUACUGUUCUCAAGCAGGGAUCCAACCAGGCCAUUCGCUUUUUUGUCAUGACCAGUCUUCGUAACUGGUAUUUAGGUGAUGAUCCACAAAGAGAAAUGAAUCCAUUUAUCACUGGAAUCUUUGGUGCCACAGCUGGGGCAGCUAGUGUAUUUGGAAACACUCCAUUAGAUGUUAUCAAAACCCGGAUGCAGGGGUUGGAAUCUCAUAAAUAUAAAAGCACGCUUGACUGUGCCAACCAAAUACUGCGCAACGAGGGACCAUUAGCGUUCUACAAGGGGACAGUCCCACGCUUGGGCAGAGUUUGUUUAGAUGUUGCCAUUGUAUUUGUCAUUUAUGAAGAGGUUGUAAAAGUUCUUAACAGAGUUUGGAAGACCACUUGACCUUAUUCUCAUUGACUGCAACUCAAAGGCUUUGAAGGAAGAUGGGUAGAACUUGUUGUCUUAACGUUGUUUUUUAUUAUUCCAUUGAGUUCUGAAGGGUUAUGCUUUAUGAAUUAAUGUGAUAAGCUUACAUUAACCACAGUAUCUGCCUUUAACCUGGUUGCUGCUAAUUUUAUUUUUAUUUUUGCAUUUAUUGCUAAUGUUUGGUCUUAAAAUGUUUUCAGAUACUUCCUUUAUGUGGGAGGCAACGCUUUUAAAUGUUAUGUAACUAGCAGCUUCCAAUGAAAGGCUAUGUUAUGGUAUAUUUGUUGCCUAAUACUAAUAUUGCAGAAAUGCCGUAGAAGAGGGAUAUAUAUCUAAAUCCUUUUUACAAGAAAAACCCAGAGCAAGGUGCUGAUAGAAUCCAGUAACAUGCCCAAAACACAGAACUCUCCUGAAAUCUGGUGGAAUAUAAACAGCAUUUGAAGACAUUACUCGUCAGCAGUGCUUUUGGAUUGUCAGUUUUUAAAAUCUAUACAUUACUAGGUUUGCCGAAACAAUCCAUCUUUUUUAUUCGAAAAAAAAAUAAAAAUACUUGGACUGUGCA